AUGCCCGGUCCCAUCUUCGCCGCCACAACGAGUUUGCGCUUUGCGCUUGAAGACUUGCAGGCGGUACGUCAGCUGGCUUUCGACUUCCUCCAGCGUCCCAUACACGUUCACAUAGGCGAGAUGAACACUGCGAAAGCGAACACAGACGUGACGCAGCAUGUUGUUCUCCUAGACAGGCCGUUCGACAAGGAUCAGAAGCUGGACGAGAUGCUUCUGGAGCAUCUUGGGGAGGACGAGCUGGCCAUAGUGUUCGUAUCCACCAAGAGAUCUGUCGAGGAAAUCGCCAGACUCUUGAUGAGACAUAGCUACGGCGUCACCGAGAUCCAUGGUGACAAGGACCAACGAGAGCGAGACCUCGCCUUGCGGUCUUUCACCAACAAGGAGAAGCGCGUCAUGAUAGCCACUGACGUGGCUUCACGCGGCCUGGACAUCAAAGGCGUGAAGUUAGUCAUCAAUUACGAUGCCGCGAACACGCCCGAGGAUUACGUGCACCGAAUAGGUCGCACGGGCCGCGCCGGGGAGAAGGGCAUCUCGUACACAUUCCUUGUGCGAGAUGACCCAACUGACGUCAAGAAAGCAAAAGCCAUCUUAGACGUCAUGCAAACUGCAGAUCAGGCAAUACCUGAGGAGCUGCGACUGCUCGUCGGGGUGAAGGCCUCCAAAGGUGGUGGCAAGGGAGGCAAGGCCCACAAGGGGGGCGGCAAGAACGGCGGAAAAUCCGGCAAGGGCAGCUUCAAGGGCAAAGGCGGUGGUAACUAUGCCCGCUCUGGCCCUCCCCCUGGUCCUCUUGCCGGCGUCGCGCCCAUGCAGGGUGGCCUCAUGGGCGGCUACGGCGGCGGCAGAAAUGGGAACUACUACCGGUAG